GUCGGAAGAAGCGGAAUCAAAAGUAAAAGCAGUCUGGAGUUAGUCAUGUCCAUAAACGUUAGCCAGCCCGAUUAGAAAGACGUUAAAGUGGUUCCUCCUGCUCUGGUUCUCACUGUUCUGCUCUGUGUGUGACAGCAAAGAUGGUGAAGGUCCACCUGACUCCUCUGUUUCUUCUAACUAUUCUCUCAGGUGUGGAGUUGUUGAGGCCCAAAGUUUUAUAUGUGAGAGAGGGGGAGAUGGUGGUGCUGCACUGUCACCUGGAAGCUGAUGAUUCUGGCCUGUUCUGGACCAUCCCCAGUGGUCAGAGGAUGAACCAGACCAGUGACACGUCAACAUCAGCUGAUCAAAGUCAGAUGAGUGUUCUGAUUCAUGGACAGAGCCUCGUUGUUCUUCAAACUUCUAUGAGCCAUCACGGCAAUUACUCGUGCUCUUUGGGGAACGCCAGCAGCCAAAUCUGGUUCAGACUAACUGUGUACACUGCACAGUCCAGCGAGUAUAAAGAGAAGAACCAGUAUCCUGCGACUUGCUUCACACAGGAACCUUGCACGUUGUACUGCCCUGCUGCUAACAUCCCAUGCACAAACAUAUCUGGGAUCAGCAGUAGGGGUAUAACAUGGAGUAAGGAAGGAGAAACUUCACUCAGUCAGAGUCACUUCCCGAGUGUGCAGCAGAAUGACAGCGGCGUGUACACCUGCAACAGGUCAUACACGUAUAAAGGUCAGACUUACUACAAGACCUUCGCAGUGGUGCUUAAUGUCCAAACAAAUGAACAGCUGGGAGAGUCGAUGAUUCUUUCACCCAAACAAAACCAGGAGUUCCAGGUGGAUCUCGGUUCUACGGUGGUGAUUGAUUGCAAAGCUGUCGUGACUUCAGAAGCCGAUGAAGUGUUCUGGCUGAGCGGCACGUCGUUUGUUGAAAAGGACGACAGCCUUCCAGUCUUCUAUAAUUAUUCUUGGGAACAAGGAGCCAAAGACAUAGAGACGACAGCAUCUCUCAUCUUCAAGAAGGUGUCAGAGGAUGAUCUUUUGAGGAAUUACACCUGCAAACUGCAGUCUGACCAUCAGAGCUCAACCUUCGUCACCAUCGUUCUGACUCCUAAAGCCCGUGACCUCUCCGUCAUCAUCUGCAUCGUGGGGAUCAUAGUUGUUGUUCUUGUUGCAUCUGCAGUUUUUAAGUUUAGAAUUGAUCUUGCACUCUUCCUGCGAGACACCCUCGGUUGCUAUGGCACACCUCCAGAUGGGAAGAAGUAUGACGCUUGUUUGAUGUUUUACAAAAGCAGCUCAGGUGUAGAGCUGGGAAAGGCUGACAGGAAGUGGCUGGAAGGCGUCUUGGAAGAACGUUUCGGAUACAGUCUCUGCCUCCUCAGUGAGAACUUCUCAGAAGAUAACGAGUCUGUGUCCGAGUGCAUCGAGCAGAGCCGGACUCUGAUUUUGUUUCCCAGCUCUUCUGAUUCACAUCCAGGGUCCGAUUUGCUCAUCAAAAUCCGGGCAGCUCUUGCGGAGAAAAACACUUGCUUGAUUCUCAUCAAACCAGAGACGAAGCGAGCGUCAAGCACGGAGUCUACAUCAGAAGUCCUACAGCAUCUCAGCCGGGCAGGAAAUUGUGUGGUCUGGAAAGGCAGGAGCUCCAUGGAACCCAAAUCUUCCUUCUGGAAGCUUCUGCGUUUUCACUUGUCUGCCCCACAACAUCCGCCAAGACUUCUACCGGAGGAAUUGGCCCUGACUGAUCACUGCCAACACGCUUAGCACAGUUACAGCUUUUAUUCAUGAUAUUAGUUGGAUUUUUACUGAUUAAACUGCAGCAUAUUUCAUAGUCGCUUCAAUAAUUUAAUGUCUAGAUCAAUUAUAAACUUGGAAAGCACAACAAGGAUUUAUCACGUUCUCUCAGUCAGAAUUUGAAUAAAAUAAAACACAAUAAUGCUAAUAUUUAACUUUUUUAAACUUUUUGAUUGAUAAUCUGUUUUUUUACAUUCAUAUGUCUGCUGAUGGACAGUGUUAUUUUUUUUAUUAUUUUGCUUUAACUAAACUAAAUUUUAACCCAACUAGUGUUUAACAAAAACAGAAGUAAGACUUUCAAUUUUCAGUCUAUUGUAACUUUGUGGUUUAUCUUCUUAAUCUGUUUCAUUAUCUGUGGUCCUAACCUAGAUUUUUGUCCCUUAUGAUACUGUCAGGGAUUAGAAUUCACAUUAAUCUGCAUUAACAUGGAAGUUUUUGCACACAUUAAGAAGGAAAAGUGGAAAAGUAAACAGACUUUGCACCACCUCCUGGCAGAAAAAAGUCACUGCAGAAAAAACAAAAUAAAAUCUAGAUGUCUUUUUUUCUUUCUGACAAAAACAAGAAUAGAGAAAAACGGAAAACAGUUUUAGUUUUGCAUUCAGGUAAAUCUUUUUAUGUUGUUUACCAUUAUGUAUCCGUGUUAAAGUGCAGUUUUACAGGGACUAUAGCAAUAUUUGUUGGUUAAAAAUAAAAAGUGAAAACUGAAAUUGAAAACGACAGUCAUUUGUAAUCAACAUUACACAAAAACAAUCCUAUGGGUCUCCUAAGUAUGAAAGAGCAAAUUUAUAUUUUUGUCACUGUCUUUUAAAAGUUUUCGCUUUACAACAUUGUUUUUCUUUUACCACCAAGCUGCAUUAAGAGGUAAUGUCCAUGUGGUGGAGUCAUACCCCAUGUUUUCUGCUCUCAAUGACAGACUAGUGAAGAUCGCAUCACUAAUUUCUGACAACAGGGUCCACCCUGAACAGGUCGCCAGUCUGUUGCAGGGCCACCCACUCUCAUAUACUCCGAGGGCCAAUUAAGAUACACCAAUUAACUUAUGAAACAUGUUUUUGGACAGUGGGAGGAAGCCAGAGAGCUCUGAGGAAAUCUACAAAUUAAACAUUAAGGGUUGGAUUAGGGGGUCAAACCCCUAAAUGGUUCCCAAGUGUCUUUGUCUGCCACCAGUACUGUUCAUCUAAUGUCAAAGUCUAUGCUAAUCAGAGUAUGAUUGUGCAUAUACUACCAGCCACUGAACUUUUUAAAUGAGGGCAUUUUUGUGUAAACCAAUUAGCCAUGUGAGCCCAUUUUUAUUUUAGUUUUUGAAAAAUAAUUGUUUGGUUAAAACUGAAAAUCUGGGUUUUAAUGUUUAAUGAAACUAUCAUCCAUCUUCCGCUUAUCUGGGACCAGGUCGUAUUAUUUUGAAAGAGUCCUGCUAGUUGACCUAAUUUACCUUAACUUUUCAGGUUACCCAUCUAAAAUUAAGGUUUUGUUUUUUUCUUAAAUCUUAUUGGUAUACAGUAAAGAAAAUCUUAUAAUUUUGUUUUAAAUAACAUUUUGUUAAACUGAACUUUUUUCUUUUUGAAUGAUUAUUUCUGACUGUCUUAAAGGCAUUUCAAACAAAAACAAGAAAACUUCAGUAAUUUACCAAAACAUAUUAAAACUAUUGUUAUUUUAAAUUGUAUCUUGCCUUGCCAUUAACUAUUUUUU